CUGCGGCGGCUCCAGGCAGGUCUGCAGGCGGCGGUAGCGGCGGAGGCAGCGGCAGCGGCAGCUCAGGACAGCACGCAUCGCAGCACCUCACACCGAGAUGUCGUCGUACAAAGUGUCGGCCGUAGCUGCCAAGGAGAAGGCCAAAGCAGAAGCCGCCGACGCAGAGGCCGCCGGCGACGUGUGCGCAGACGGCCGCGGCCCCGUGUGGAAGGUGUGGCGGCGGCGGCGCUACGUGGUGGCGCUGCUCGCCUUCCUCGGCUUCUUCAACGUGUACGCGCUGCGCGUCAACCUCAGCGUCGCCAUCGUCGCCAUGACCGCCUACCGCAACGUCACGCUCGACAACGGCACCGUCACCCAGGUGCGCGACUUCGACUGGGACUCUGAGACGCAGGGCGCGGUGCUGAGCUCGUUCUUCCUGGGCUACCUGCUGACGCAGGUGCUGGGCGGCUGGCUGGCGGCGCGCGUCGGCGGCCAGCGCGUCUACUGCAUCGGCAUCGCCACCACGGCGCUGCUCACGCUCGUCACGCCGCCGCUCGCCUCGGCCAGCCUCUACCUGCUCAUCGCCGUCCGCGUCGUCGAGGGGCUCUUCGAGGGCGUGACGUACCCGUGCAUCCACGCGGUGUGGGCGCGCUGGGCGCCGCCGCUGGAGCGCAGCCGCAUGGCGACGCUGGCGUUCUCGGGCAGCUACGUGGGCACCGUCGUCUCCAUGCCCGUCUGCGGGCUGCUCGCCAAGGAGGUCGGCUGGCAGUCCAUCUUCUACGUCUUCGGCGUGGUGGGACUCGUGUGGUGCACGGCGUGGUGGCUGGUGGUGGCCGAGGGUCCGGAGAAGGACCCCAGGAUCUCGCCGGAGGAGCUCAAGUACAUCCAGGACUCGCUGGGCCCCGACAGUGACCACAAGAAAGUCGUGCACCCUUGGGGGAAAUUCCUGACGUCGAUGCCUGUGUGGUCGAUCGUGAUGGCGCAUUUCUGCGAGAACUGGGGUUUCUACACACUGCUGACGCAACUGCCCACGUUCAUGAAAGACGCGAUGCACUUCAACCUGAAGGAGGCGGGUUUCAUGUCGGCGCUGCCGUACCUGGUGAUGGCCAUCAUCCUGCAGUUCUCGGGACACCUCGCCGACUGGCUGAUGCGCCGGCAGAUCCUGUCCACCACCAUGGUGCGCAAGGUGUUCAACUGCGGCGCGUUCGUGGCGCAGACCGUGUUCAUGCUGGCCGCCACCAACGUGCUCACCCCGGUGGGCUCCACCGUCUUCCUCACACUCGCUGUCGGGCUCGGAGCCUUCGCGUGGUCCGGCUUCAGCGUGAACCACCUGGACAUCGCGCCACAGCACGCCAGUGUCCUCAUGGGCCUCUCCAACACGGUGGCCACGCUGCCCGGCAUCGUCAGUCCUAUCAUCACGGGCUACAUCGUCACCGACAAGAGUGUGGAGCGCUGGAAGUACGUGUUCUACAUCGCGAGCGCCAUCUACCUCACGGGCGCCAUCUUCUACGGGCUGUUCGCGUCCGGCGAGCGCCAGCCGUGGGCGCUGGAGUCGCCGGCCCAAGACGAGGAGAGGCCCAAGGAUGACGCCAAGGGCGGCCACGUCAACCCGGCCCUCGAGCUCAACGAGGCCCUCUGAGAGCCGCAGCGGCACGCCACACAAUCCACGCAGCAGGCAGCAGGCGGCCCCAGUCCCAGCUCGCUGCCAGCUGGCUCCAGUAUUACGAUACCAAACUAACGUCCGGCACUUUGCGGCCCUCGUGACGAAGGGUACGUUUGCGUUGGAGCUGUGAUAGAUUAGAACAGCGUCGGAGAGGGCACCGAGCGAAGCGAAGCACGGAUCUCAGCUCCACGACGGAGCUUCGGCAUCAAAGACGGACAGAGCGUCAACAGUGUACAGGGUACUAAUAAAUUAGUUGUACAAAAGUAGCUAUCAGUUGUCAAAAAACUAAAUACAGCACUAAAUACAGUAUAUCUUCAAGUAUUAUUUACAAAUGUUAGUGUGGCACCUUUCGUAACACGACAAAUGUCUCACCUGUAAUCAAUUUCCUGUGAAGUUCUAUGAAGCAAGUCUUGAUGUAUGCCAGCAAUUGCUCGUGUUAUCAGCUGUCGCAGCUCGUAGACUUUAGCCGAAAGCGGAGGAACAAACGCUCUGUCUUUAGCGUAAACCCAUACACAGAAGUUAUUGGGGUUAAAUCAGGUGAUCGUGUUCGCCAGGGUAUUGCUCCACCACGUCCAACCAAAGUCGGCUCAUUCAUACGGAGUUACGUGACAACUUCACGAUGAUAAUGUGGUAACCGCGCGGGAUUAGCCGAGCGGUCUAGGGCGCUGCAGUCAUGGACUGUGCGGCUGGUCCCGGUGGAGGUUCGAGUCCUCCCUCUGGCAUGGGUGUGUGUGUUUGUCCUUAGGAUAAUUUAGGUUAAGUAGUGUCUAAGCUUAGGGACUGAUGACCUUAGCAGUUAAGUCUCGUAAGAUUUCACACACAUUUGAACAUUUGAUAAUGUGGUGGCGCGCCAUCUUGCCCGAAAAUAAAUUCUUUGUCCAUAUUUUAUUGUAAUUGAGGAAUUAAAUAAUAUUCAAGCACGCCCAGGUACGAACCUGUUCAAUUGCUGCGUCAGAAACUCCUGGCCGAACCUUACCCAGCGUCCUAUAUGAUGCACAUCCAAAUUCGGUGAAACAGUCGGACAAUUAAUAACAGUUUGCCUUUGAGUUGGUGACUUGCAGUAUUUAGACCUGAACUAUCUCUGAACGGUAGUAGCGGAUUUGGAUUCAUGUAACCGUAAAAAACACUGCGGACGUCCUGCACUGUUAUACGGCUCCGUGAUGACUGUUGAAAUGACUCAUUCAAGUGUAUCACCUAGUGGAAACGUCGGAAACUAACAGUGUUAGACGGGAAUAAAACUUGAAGAUACACUACAUUAAGUGCUGUAUCAAACAUAUCUCCAAGUUAUUUACCCUUCUCACAAUUAAAGGUUACUUUUGUAUAACCAAUUUACAAAUAUCCUGUAUUUAUUCUGGGUUUAGGAGCGGAGACAAGAUAUUCACAAUUUAUCACGUAAGCUUUUCCAUUUAUUUUGCACUGAAGGUACUAAAAAUUAAGCUAAACGAUGUGCGGUUAACAAUAUUUUACACUAGGAAACCACACUGCAUAAACACAAAUACAUAAUAAUUUCAAAAAAGUACUUGUGUUGCUGAAUUUCAACUUUUUCAUGGAUUUGCCUACUGCUCAACCUUUUAUCUGCUUGGCCUUUUUCUUUUCAUAUUGGAGUCGUAACUGCUGCGAAAAUCGUAAGAGACUAACUACAGUUUAUGGAAAUGUUGUCUAAACUGGAAUUGACAGUUUGUCGAUGAUUUCAGAAAAAUGAUGUUUAUAGAUUAUUCAAACGACUUAGGAACUGCAGUGCGGAUAUGAAUUCAAAUUAUUUGCACUGCCCAAUCUGGCUCUUUAUUCAAAAACUACAGAGACAAUGUCCUAAUCUGUUACAAAGACUGGUGCUAAUUAUAAAUUCAUAAAUAUUACUGUAACUAACGGAAGACAUCAGCUAGAUGCUGAGAAAGAAUAUUUCAACAUUUAGUUAUCACGAUCAAGCAGGUGUGGUGAAUAUGCCUUUUAUAUAACGUGUUCUGUACGGAGAAUAUUAGACAGAGAAUAUUAGCCACAAAACUAUAAAAUCAGGUAGAAAUACGCGAAGAUGUUGUUGCAUGUAUUUGCUUAUUGUACAAUUUAAUAAAUGUUAGAGAAAAAAAUUGAAUACAAAUUGACAGUCAAUAAAUGUGUCAUCCAGUGGAGCUUCCACCGGAAGACUAAAUUAAUGAGCCGCAAAUAUUCACAGUCUCUUCAAAUGCUAACUUUGUCGUAAUUCAAUGCUUCUUAUUCCACUUAUAACUAUAAAACAAACUUUCCUACUUGCAUCUUCUUUUCAGUUUAGCAGUCAUUUCAUUUCAAAAUUGGUCGAAAACGGAUCUAAUUACGACUCUUUUGUCUUUAUGAUCUGGCAGUGGAGGCCUGGAAGUAUUUCAUCGAUAAAACCUCCAACACGUUUCCUCGGUAACAGCGAAGAAAUCUCAAGCAGACGUACGGGCGCUCUUAUCGCGGCUCAACUUCUGACCGUGGCUCAGCCGUGGCGCUGCCGUAGGGACGCCGCUUGCGCUUCCCUCCACUCCGCCAGUACCACCGCUCUUCUCUUUUACCGCAGCUCCAACGUAGACGCGCUCCAACAGUUUGCGAGAACGCCUCACUUAUUUUCGCUCAUUCUGCAGGGCGUGAUACACUCUGCGAUGUGGACAACUUUGACGAACUGUCUAAGCAUAUGCUGAACUCGACAUAUGUUGUGCAUGGCGUGAAACAGGGUUAAGGAUGAAUUGUAUGUCAAGGUGACAGCGAAAUGGCAAAAACAUAAGCAAAGUUCCUACAGUACUUUUUGUUUUUCAAGACGAACAGUACCAUUCGAGAAGUGGCAACCGACAAAACAUAAUGCACCGCCUACACACGUUCGAUUUGUGGUUGCUUCCCCAUUUAACUAAUGUGAUUUUGGAAUCCUUGUAGUCAAGAGUACGAGGUACUCGUCAUUCCAAAACAAUACGAGUCUGGUCAGUUAAAGUGUGAAGCUAGGGAAACGAGAAACAGGCAGACUGCGAUAAUAUUUCGUACUGUUGUAUCUUACGAAGGCAGAUAGCGAUAGCAGAAGAUUCAGCGACAUUGUGAGAAUGAAAUUUGGAUUCGUUUUGCUGGUAAACACAGAGUGACAUUCGCUUCAGUCUUCGUGUAUAGAGCACCCCCGUUACUUCCGGAACAGCUACAGCUGGACUGAAAUAACACUGUGACCGACGCUUCAACGUGUCGAGUGGUACAGUCGAUUCCUUAUGUAACGCCACACGUAGUGUCCUGUCCUGAUUUGUUUUCUAAGUACGCGCAGAGCCUUCCUUGUGAAUGUUCCGGGCUAUUGUAGAGUUUUGUGCAGAACACGAUGCUUCAUAAUGAAGUAGUACUGCGACGGUGCAGGGCCACAGACAGCGACUAAAUGUAUGUUUUACGAACAGAAGAUGGGACACGUGUUUUUUUCUGGCGAGUAUUUUUUUAUGUUUGAAUAUUACAGCCUCUUGCAUGUGGAGUUAAAAUUUAAAUACGUUUAAAUUUUUAUUACAUUAAAUUUCUGUAUCGUGAACAUCCCAGACUCGAAAUAUUUAUUGUAUAAUAUAUUUAUAUAUUUACUGUAAUUACUCUCAAUAAAGUUUUCCUGUAUUUAUC